GGUAGAAGAAUUUCAUGUCUCUGUAUUCAGGGAAGUCAUCACUGAGAAGGUGAGCAGAGUGAACAAGAAAAGCUUAUCCAUGAGGAGGGAAGAAUGAGUGCCUUUAAAGACUCCAUGACAGGUGACUGUGAAUCACUGAGCCAUGGGAAUAUGGCUGAACGAAUCAUCUGUAGAUGGGUUCAUCCUCCUAGGCAUCUUCUCCCAGAGCCAGACUGACUUUCUCCUCUUCUCUGCGGUCAUGCUAGUCUUCACAGUGGCACUCUGUGGGAAUGUCCUCCUCAUCCUCCUCAUCUACACUGAUCCCCGUCUUCACACCCCCAUGUACUUCUUCCUCAGUCAGCUCUCCCUCAUGGACCUCAUGCUGGUCUGUAACAUUGUGCCAAAGAUGGCAGUCAACUUCCUGUCUGGCAGGAAGUCCAUCUCCUUUGCUGGUUGUGGCAUACAAAUUGGAUUUUUUGUCUCUCUUGUGGGAUCGGAGGGUCUCUUGUUAGGACUCAUGGCUUAUGAUCGCUAUGUGGCCAUUAGCCACCCACUUCACUAUCCCAUUCUCAUGAGCCAAAGGGUCUGUCUCCAGAUUGCUGGAAGUUCCUGGGCCUUUGGGAUCCUUGAUGGAAUAAUUCAGAUGGUGGCAGCCAUGAGCCUGCCCUACUGUGGCUCGCGGUAUGUAGAUCACUUCUUCUGUGAGGUGCCAGCUUUACUGAAGCUGGCCUGUGCAGACACAUCCCUUUUUGACACCCUGCUCUUUGCUUGCUGCGUCUUUAUGCUGCUUCUUCCUUUCUCCAUCAUCGUGACUUCCUAUGCUCGCAUUUUGGGGGCUGUGCUCCGUAUGCACUCUGCUCAUUCCCGAAAAAAGGCUCUGGCCACCUGUUCCUCCCACCUAACAGCUGUCUCUCUCUUCUAUGGGGCAGCCAUGUUCAUCUAUCUGAGGCCAAGACGAUAUCGAGCUCCUAGCCAUGACAAAGUUGUCUCAAUCUUCUACACAGUUCUUACUCCCAUGCUCAACCCCCUCAUUUAUAGCUUGAGAAACAGGGAGGUGAUGGGGGCUCUGAGAAAAGGGCUGGGCCGUUGCAAGGUUGGCAGCCAGCAUUGAAAAGCCAUGACUGAGAUGAGAGAUGGCUCAGCGGUCAAGAGCACUAACUGCUUUUCCAGACGUCCUGAGUUCAGUUCCCCAGCAACCACAUGGUGGCUCACAACCAUCUAUAACAGGAUCCCGUGCACUCUUCUGGUGUGUGUCUGAAGACAGUUGCAGUGUGCUCAUAUAAAUAAAAAUAAAUAAACCUUUAAAAAAAGAAAAGCCAUGGCCCAGUGCCUGGUUGUAUUGCCUGCUAUUUGCAUUUCAUUGGUAAGUCAUCUUUGUUUUGUGAAUCUCUGUUUCUGCAUAGAUAGAAUCAUGCUAUGGCCCUCUACCACAAGGAUUUUGUAGAGACUACUUCCAAUGACUCUGAAA